AUGGUCAGCUUCUAUGCCCUCCCCGACAUUCGCGAGGUCCAGCCAAGCGAACCGGAUGAGGACGAAGCAAUCCUCGCAAGUGAGCUCUCCACAGAAAGCCCCGGCGUGGUGAUUCCAGUGCACACACCGCUGACAUUCCUGCCAUCAGCUGCCGCGAGCCCUCAGGCUGGGCCCUCGCAGAAAUCCUUGCCCUCCGUGUCCUCGACCUCCGGCUACUCUGGACGAGACUUGCCCGGGGCGGCGUCGGCUGCCUCUGCAGUCUCAGGGGCGUCAGGGUAUCAUUCGGUAGCCUCAGUCAUGUCACCUCUAUCAGAGGUUUCUAUGGAGAUGACGACGUCAGAUGCUACAAACAAGUCCGCGAUCUUCCCCCGCAAGUUGCCGGACAGGGCGGGGCAGCCAGACGCAGUUCCGGAGAGAAGGAAUCCGAAGCUGACGAAAGCCUUCCAGUCGCUGCUCGACGCACUGGUGCAGCAGCAUGUCACUGAGCUUCGAGACACGGAGCGCAGUGCGAAGCGCAUUCGUCGCUCCAUGGACAAUGCCGAUGCUGCGAGAAAUCUGCAGAAGAACCUCCCACAUUCCCGGUCCACGCCCACGCAGAUGACCAAUUACUCGCCGAACGGGGUUGUCACUCCAGGCAGCGAGGUCGGGACGAUGUCGCAGGAGCCGACGAAGCUGAAACUUGGGCGAGGCUCCACGACGUCGCAGCAGCUUCUCUGUCGGCAGCGACAAGGCAUGCCCGAGGUCAACGCCGACAAGGUCCUCGAGGCCUUCGCCGUGAACUCGGCGCCCUCGCAGAAAUCUGCCGCUUCUGUCGACCGAGAGCUGCUGGAGAUGCUGGACUCAGCUGAUGUGGUGGAGCCAGGCAAUCGUCAGCAGACGUCUGCCACGUUUGGCUUCUUCUCGGAGACGGAAUCCAACAUUUUGAAGCGAUGGCGGAGCCUCAGCGCCCGGCAGAAGCUGAAAGCCUGGCUGCAAUCAAACAGCUUCGAGAUUCUGAUCUCCUGCGCGUUGUGCAUCAACGUGCUGUGGAUGGCUUUCGAGCUCCAGGUCCACGGCUCCAUGGCGGGCUUCGAGAUCGGCGUCUUCCCGACGCCGCUGAUGCCCAAGGACACCUGGCCGACCUGGGAAGCUUGGCUCCUCGUCGGCGACAUGAUCUUCGCAGGCUUCUUCGCCCUGGACGUUGUGGUGCGCGUGCUUGUCUUGGGUCUGACGUUUUGGAAGAGCUGGAUGAACUACAUCGACGUCAUCGUGAGCGCGAUUUCGGUGAUGGAGCUCACGGCCACCUUCUACACGCUCCCCGUGAACCCCAUCCUCUUCCGACUCCUUCGCAUGGGCAAGCUCACGAGGGCCAUCCGAGUGGUGUCCAUGACCAGCGUGUUGGCAUCCCUGCAGCUCUUGAUCAAGUGCCUGGCUGCGAGCAGGGACAUGCUCUUUUGGAGCUUUUGCCUGCUCACUUUCGUUCAGUGCGUCGCUGGGAUGGUCGUGAGCACCCUCUGUUGGGAAUACCUGCGCGACGAGAACUUCGAUGCCCAGCUCAGGGAAGACGUCUUUCGCUACUACGGCACCUUUAGCCGGACCUUCCUCUCCAUGUUUGAAAUUCUCUUUGCAAACUGGAGCCCGCCCUGUCGUGUGCUGGUGGAGCAUGUCAGCGAGUGGUUCUCAAUCUUCUUCCUCUUGUAUCGAUGCGUCCUUGGCUUUGCGGUCCUGAACGUGGUGAACGCCGUCUUCGUCCAGCAGACCAUGAAGACGGCGAGCUCGGACGAGGACUUGGCCUUCAAGCAGAAGGAGAAGGACAUCGCCAUGUACCACCGCAAGGUGAAGAAGCUCUUUGCAACCAUGGACUCCUCCGGUGAUGGCGCGAUCAACUUCGACGAGUUUUCGAAGUUGGUGAAGUCACCGAAGCUGAGGUUUUGGAUGAGCCAGCUAGAGCUCGAGUACCACGACCUGUUGUCCCUCUUUGAGUUCCUGGACAAUGGUGAUGGUCAGAUCACGCUCCACGAAUUCAUCGACGGCGCCUCGCGGCUGAAAGGCCACGCCAAGGCCAUCGACAUCUGGCGGAUGGAGACCAAGGUGGAGGUGCUCUUCGAGGAGGUCUUGCACAUUCUCCGGGGCGACGACAAGGAGGAGACGAUGGAGCUGGCGGAGCCGCAGUCGCCGGAAGCGCGGAAGAUCUCCAGCAUUCAGGAGGUCUUCGAUCAUUCUGCCUUCCGGCACAUCAAGGCCACAACCUUUGUCCACGACCCAAGCAAUUCCGGAGAAGUGCAACCAGCGACGACCAGACCCAUGCUGCCAGCGGACGACCCAUUACAUGACCACCACUUGCCAUAG